AUGGCGAACCAUAUAACGUGGCACCCAUUCGGUCACCGCCAACAACAAGGCUCAACACCACUCCUCGGCAGCAAUAGCCCACACGCCGGCGCAUACAGUCCCAGCCUCGGCGCACCAACGCCAUCACCACAUCAGAACGCAUUCCCAAACUACAGACAACCGCUCCCUCCAUCAGCAUCAUCAUCGACCUCCUACAUCCCCCAAGACACCGGCUACGAACCAGCCAACGACGCCGGAACAGGCUACAUCCCCCUCAAACCACCCUCGCAAGUCACCUUCCCUCAACACCCCAAGAAGUUACCUCUAUGGCGCCGCGCCACCAAACUCCUCUCCCCAAUCGCCACCAUCCUCACCUUCCUCUUCUCCCUCGUCCUCACAGCCGCCAUGCUCUACGUCCUCAUCCAAUUCCUGCGCACGCGCAACACCCACCCUGCCGACCCCAACGCCCCACGCGCUUCCGACGGCAGCACCUUAACCCCCUGGCCGCCCGCCUCUGACGGCCCCGUGAAGGUAUGGCCAACUUACCUCCUCCUCGCGGCCACCGUCGUGUCGUUGUUCACCUCCAUCCUCGACCAACUAGCGGAUUGCAACUGCCUCCCCAGCUUGAAACGCACGAAGAUCAAGAUCACGUACUAUGUGUUGCAUAUCGCGGUGUGGGUUGUGGUGGCGGUGCUGUAUAAGACGGAGAGGGGGUUGAGUGAUUUGUGGGGAUGGAGUUGUCAUAUGGAGGGCGGUGAAAGGGAGAAGAUUUUCGCUGAAGUACUCAGCUUUAGUGCACUUUGCAGUGUGCAGGAUUUUAGUUGGGUUGGGGCCAUUAUUGAGGUUGCGGUGAAGCUGGCGGUGCUGGUGGUGGCGUGGAUCGUGGGGAGGUGCUGGGGUGGGAGGGCGAAGAAGGGGGUUGAGGUUGUUGGGGAGGUUUUGGGUUGGACUCUUUGA